CGAGCGCGCAGGCGCGCGGCGCCCGGCUCGGACCGUAGCUAGGCGCUGGGCGGCCACCGGCUGGCCAAGCAGGCCUGCCAGGAUGGAAGGGCAUGCUGAAAUGGAGAUGCUGAGGACACUGAAGGGGCCUUCCACAGGGGAGGUCAGCAUGCACUUGGUGGCCGGAGACAGCCCUGGUUCUGGUCCUCACCUGCCCGCAACUGCCUUCAUCAUUCCAGCCAGUUCGGCCACCCUCGGCCUGCCCAGCAGUGCCCUGGAUGUGUCUUGCUUUCCCCGGGAGCCAAUCCAUGUGGGUGCCCCGGAGCAAGUGGCCGGCUGCGAACCAGUUUCUGCCACCGUCCUGCCGCAGCUUAGCGCCGGGCCGGCCAGCUCCAGCACCAGCACAGUGCGGCUUCUGGAAUGGACAGAGGCCGCGGCCCCGCCCCCAGGGGGCGGCCUGCGGUUCCGGAUAAGCGAGUAUAAGCCGCUGAACAUGGCGGGAGUGGAGCAGCCCCCGAGCCCCGAGCUGCGGCAGGAAGGCGUGACCGAAUACGAAGAUGGCGGGGCCCCGGCGGGAGAUGGCGAGGCGGGCCCCCGACAGGCGGAGGACCACCCCCAGAAUCCUCCAGAAGAUCCCAAUCAGGACCCCCCAGAGGAUGAUAGCACCUGUCAGUGCCAGGCGUGCGGGCCUCACCAAGCCGCGGGUCCAGAACUUGGUUCCUCUAAUGAUGGCUGCCCUCAGCUGUUCCAGGAGCGGUCAGUCAUAGUGGAGAACUCCUCAGGCUCUACCAGCGCUUCUGAGCUCCUCAAACCCAUGAAGAAGAGGAAGCGCAGGGAAUACCAGAGCCCAUCAGAGGAGGAGUCGGAGCCAGAGGCCAUGGAGAAGCAAGAAGAAGGAAAGGACCCAGAGGGACAACCCACUGCUAGCACCCCAGAGAGUGAGGAGUGGAGCAGCAGCCAGCCUGCAACAGGUGAGAAGAAGGAAUGCUGGUCGUGGGAGUCCUACCUAGAGGAGCAGAAGGCCAUUACUGCUCCAGUCAGCCUCUUCCAGGACUCCCAGGCAGUCACUCACAACAAGAAUGGCUUCAAACUGGGCAUGAAGUUGGAAGGCAUUGACCCUCAACACCCGUCCAUGUACUUCAUCCUCACCGUGGCUGAGGUAUGUGGCUAUCGCCUACGCCUGCACUUUGAUGGGUAUUCUGAGUGCCAUGACUUCUGGGUCAAUGCCAACUCCCCUGACAUUCACCCUGCUGGCUGGUUCGAGAAGACGGGCCACAAGCUGCAGCCUCCCAAAGGUUACAAGGAGGAGGAGUUCAGCUGGAGCCAGUACCUGCGCAGCACAAGAGCUCAGGCUGCCCCCAAGCACCUGUUUGUGAGCCAGAGCCACAGUCCCCCACCCCUGGGCUUCCAGGUGGGCAUGAAGCUGGAGGCUGUUGACCGCAUGAACCCGUCCCUUGUCUGCGUGGCCAGUGUGACCGAUGUGGUGGACAGCCGCUUCCUGGUGCACUUUGACAACUGGGAUGAUACUUAUGACUACUGGUGUGAUCCCAGCAGCCCCUACAUCCACCCAGUGGGCUGGUGCCAGAAGCAAGGAAAGCCCCUCACCCCUCCACAAGACUACCCAGACCCUGAUAACUUCUGUUGGGAGAAAUAUCUGGAAGAAACUGGGGCCUCUGCUGUCCCCACCUGGGCCUUCAAGGUGCGACCCCCUCACAGCUUCCUGGUCAAUAUGAAGCUGGAGGCUGUGGACCGCAGGAACCCAGCCCUGAUUCGCGUGGCCAGCGUGGAGGAUGUGGAGGACCAUCGGAUAAAGAUCCACUUUGAUGGCUGGAGUCAUGGCUAUGAUUUCUGGAUCGACGCUGACCACCCAGACAUCCACCCUGCCGGCUGGUGCUCCAAGACAGGACAUCCCCUGCAGCCUCCUCUCGGACCCAGAGAGCCCAGCUCUGCCUCCCCUGGGGGCUGUCCCCCUCUCAGCUAUAGGAGCCUGCCCCACACUAGGACCUCCAAAUACAGCUUUCACCACCGGAAGUGCCCCACUCCUGGUUGCGAUGGCUCUGGCCAUGUCACAGGCAAGUUCACAGCUCACCAUUGCCUCUCAGGCUGCCCACUGGCUGAGAGGAACCAGAGCCGGCUGAAAGCGGAGCUGUCUGACUCGGAGGCCUCAGCCCGCAAGAAGAACCUCUCAGGCUUCUCCCCAAGGAAGAAGCCUCGCCAUCACGGCCGAAUUGGACGCCCUCCGAAGUAUCGAAAGAUUCCGCAGGAAGAUUUCCAGAGCUGUCAGAAGGGGCCCGGAGUCCUGUCUACUCUGCCAGCCAGUCUCCUGAGUGGUGUGGGUAUGCAUGGGCUUCGGGAACAGUUUAGUCAUCCUCGUUGGCCUGCCAGCCUCUGCCUCUGCUUUCCAGCCCUCACGCCUGAUGUCGUGCACCAGUCCCUGUUCAUGUCAGCCCUGUCGGCCCACCCUGACCGCUCACUCUCAGUGUGCUGGGAGCAGCACUGCAAGCUCCUGCCAGGAGUAGCGGGCAUCUCAGCCUCGACAGUCGCCAAGUGGACCAUCGAUGAGGUCUUCGGCUUUGUUCAGACCCUGACAGGUUGUGAGGACCAAGCACGCCUCUUCAAAGACGAGAUGAUUGACGGCGAGGCCUUCCUUUUGCUGACACAGGCGGACAUUGUGAAGAUCAUGAGCGUCAAGCUGGGCCCAGCCUUGAAGAUCUAUAACGCCAUUCUCAUGUUCAAAAACGCCGAUGACACCUUAAAGUGACUGGCCCAGGGCUGGGCCCUCCUGCGGCCCCUGCUUGGCCUCCCUCUCCAGCUGAUGCUCUCUUCCUGACCUGAGUUCCUCAUACCCCACACGUCCCCAUGCUCCACCUAUAUCUGACCAGGGCUGGUCCUUCUUAGAGGGUGCAUGGGAGCUGAGGAGCCCUGGGGAGGGUAGGCACCCAGCCCCAAGUCCUAGAGCUCAUUCGCCACCAGGCAUGUCGGUGAGGGCGUGACUGGCAGGGGCAUUACUCAUGGAGUCAGUUGGACUGUGGCAGCCCCACAGCCCCAGUGGACUUUUAUUGUAUUACCAAAGGGUCUUUUUCUUGGCAGUGGAGGAGAGACUAGUAGAGCAGCAGUCCUUCAAUCUGAGGCCCCUUUCCCUCUUUUGGUAUCUCUGUGUACUUUUCUCUCCUUGGCUCCUUUCCUCCUGCCAAGAAGUGACCCCACCACAAACGUAUUUACUCCUGGAGGUACCUCCUCCCUUUCUGUCUGCUGGUUUUGCUGCCCUCAUUCUGCUGCUUCGUUUCCUGGGCAGUGCCCCCAGCCAGACCCCACUGGCUCUUCCCCCUGAGAUAUGUGAACCUCGGAAACAUGUUUUCAUAAGAUCCCUUGGAAGUCUCUAGCUGCCUUUCUCUCUUUUGCCCAGAAUUGAGAGAUUCUGAGCCAAGAUGCCUUCCUGAACUUACCCAGUUCUGGACCUGUUGGCAUUUUAGUGUCCCACGCCAAGUCCAAGUUCCAGCAGAAUGAGCAGGUGGUUUGAGCCUGUUUUAUAGAUGGCAGAGGUUGAGGUUCCACUGCUGUUUUCCAUACACCCUUCAUGUGUUGAGUCUGGGAAGGAGUAAGCCUAGCCUGCCAGUAGCCUAGGUUAGGAGACCAGCAUAAGGAUUUGUUAGACAAUCUCGGGUCUUUGGCCAGAGGGGCAGCUCCAGCAGGCAUAGUGGUGCCUGAAGUUAGGAAUACUGUCCUCUCUGUAGCCUUGGACCUCAGCCAAGGUAUUGCCCAUGGGGUGAUGGCUCCAGGCCUGCCAGGCCUUCUGCCAUGAGAAUGUAGCACUCUGUGUAGCACACACCCCCAUGACAUCAUUCAACCUGUCCCUUAAAUGUUGACCACUAGCUCUUGCAGCGUCUUACAAAGACGACUUGAAGUUGGGAGUUAGGAAGGUGAACUUUUCUAUCUGAAUUCUCCGGGUCCCUGAAGCCCUCCUUGCCGCUCUCCACCUGCCUUGCACUGCCAGCUGGGUCCCUGCUGGGGCUCUGGGACUUCCACUUCUCAGUCCACAUAGGAACCCAGCUUCCACUGAGUCACUGCCAAACCUGCCUCCCAGCCUGGGUGGGAAGGGGGAGAGCCACUGGUAGGAGCCAGCCCCACAUGGAGGUGAGGAGCCACUGCCAACCUCCCGUGCCCAGGUGCUGAUGUGGGCCUGCAGAGUGUGGGGCCGGUGCCUUCCCCCAGACACCCCUUCUCUCAAUCAUGUGAUGCGUGUGUGUGUGCAUGUGUGUGUGUGUGUGUGUGUGACACUCUCAGAAGUGUUUGACAGGGUGCAGAUGUGAGGCUCAGUGUUGGGAAAAUGCCAAGGGCUAUUAUCAUUAAAAUUUGAAGCUUUAUUUUUCCCUUAGAAGUGGGAAACCCAGAGCUCUGUUGAUUUCCUACCACAACCCAGUAGGGGCCUCUCUCUCCCAUGGGCUGGACAGCUUUUUGAAGAAGCCAUUCAGCUCCCACAGUUGAGCUCCCACAGGGCUUUAGGUGUCCGUUCCCUUUCAACUGCUCAAAGGCAGCUUUGAGCACAGCCUUCCUGGAAGGAAGCUAGGCAAGACCUGCCACACAGCGAAGGUUGGGUUUACAAGGGUGACAUGGGUACCCCCUUGGCCAAGAGUAAAGAAGAACAAGUCUAAGCCUUGCUUUUAUCUUAGUUGUCUGGGUGGUAGCAGAACUCAUCAGCUCCUUAUCCUCAGUCUGUUCCUCUAAAAGAUGAGAGAUGUUCACUGACUUUGUGCAGUGAGAAGGCAGCAAGUACUCACGGCUGGUGCUGUGGGACCUCACAGCUUCUAAGGAGAGGGGCUGGGAGGGCCUUUGCCAUCGGAUCUGCCAAGCACCUAAUGCUUGCCUGUGGUGAAGGCAAGAUGGACCAAGGGCCUUGGAGAAAAGGGCUCCCAGGCCUCUGAACUUUGAGGCCUCAGCACUUUCUGCACUAUUGUCAAACUCUUUGGAAAGAAACCAAAUCAUUAAAAAGUAGAAAGAAAUCUGCCUCUUGUCUGCCCUACUGCCCCUUUACCCACACUCUGUCCCCAAAUGAUAUUAUUGCACCUUGACCUGGGAGCGCAGAGAGGGGAGGGAGUUGGCAGAGACUUCUGGUGCCCUCUGCCCUCCUAGCAACAGGUGCCACUUAUAUUUUGGCCCCUGGCAGCCUCGCCCAGCCCCUGAUCAGCCCAGGCCUAGGGCAGUUAGGACCUUUCUGUUUAUUUUCUGAAGCAGAGAGAAUGAUCUCAGAGUUUGCAAAUGAAGCCUUUUUUGCACUUUCAUUCACAUGCACUUUGGUGGGGUUACAUUUUUGUACUUGCCUCUUGUGUGUGCACAUGUGUGUAUGUGUUCUUUAAGAGAAUCUUCUGGCUUAAGCUAAGGUGACUCUUGAAGGAGAAAAAGUUACAAACAAAAUGUGGUGUGAUUUGUCAGUGUAUCAAAACAACAUAAAUAAACUUGAACAACUGAUAACGCAA